GUGACCGCGACCUAUCCGUGCCGACCCUUUGUUUAUGGGAUUUUCAGCGAGGAGAAUAGCGAUUUUAUCCCGACAAGAAAGCACCGAGAUCGCUUACAAACGCCGCGUAUAAAAACAAUUUGUGGAGCGCAUCCGGAUACGCAUCGAAACACACGCGCACAUAUGAGAUGCACACAAAGACAUCCGCGAGCUGUUAUUGAGACGUUCAGGGGCUCAUGCAACACACGCUUGUGAAUGCAAACCCAUGCAAAUGUGCUGGUGAUCGAAAUGCACGUUUGUUUUUAACCGGAGUGAUGCUUUCACGGCUGGAUCUGCCUCGCUGGGACCCAAACACGGUUUAAAAGGGAAGCUUUGGGAUAUUUUCUCCGCAUCAGCCAUAGGUUGCUUUGUUUCUUGGCAUCUUCAUUUACCAGGUUAAAGAGGAGAUAAAGACUGCAGUACAUCAUGUUGGUGGCCAGUGUUAGGUGGACCGGAUCCGAACUGUCCGUGUUAUGCUUGCUGACCAUCACCGUCCCAACAAUCCUUGGAUCAGUUCAAUCCUACCCGCAGAACUCCGACUGUGUAUCCGGCAAAGGGAAAGGCUGCUUAGAUCUGUCAGAAAAGAAGAGCGACCUGCGUGUUUGUGAUGCGACCACAUGCCGUUAUGGCGGGACCUGCAGAGAUAACGGGGCAGACCUCAAAUGCGUAUGCCAGUUACAGUGCCCUAAGACCUACGUCCCUGUGUGCGGGUCGAACGGAGACACCUAUCAGAACGAGUGCUAUGUGAGACAAGCAUCAUGUUCCCAGCAGAGACCCAUCUCGCUGGCCUCCGAAGGCCCCUGCUAUCCCGAUAGCAGCUCAGGAUCUGGUGAUGGAGAAUACGAAGGAUCGACCCCAGAUUUUGGCAAGAAAGUCACAAAAUGCAGUAACUGCAAGUACGGCGCAGAAUGCGAUGAAGACGCUGAGGAUGAAGACUCCUGUUCGUGUAAAAUUGACUGCAGCGGCCACAAUGAGAACCCUGUGUGUGGCACGGAUGGAAACUCGUACCACAACCCCUGUCUUGUGCGAGAGGCAUCCUGCAUGAAACAGGAGCAGAUAGAUGUCAAACAUCUCGGGAGAUGUCCAGAUAAAGACAAAACUAAGAAAACCGAUGUUGGAUCUCCCUACAAGCCUGAGCUUACUGAUCCAGCAAAAGCAGGUGACGGUAAAGGCUACGGAUGGAUGCCUAUCCCCUGCACGGACAACAACGCAAACUUCUGCGUUCACGGCCAGUGUGAAUUCAACUACGGCAUCGCCUCCUGCCGGUGUGAUUCGGGUUACACUGGAACGAAGUGUGAGGAGAUCGCCGACUUCAACAUCUUGUAUGUGGUCCCCAGUGGUCAGAAACUUCAUUACGUGCUAAUAGCUGCUAUCAUUGGAGCCGUGCAGAUCGCCAUAAUCGUGGCAGUUGUCAUGUGCAUCACUAGGAAAUGUCCUAAGAAUAACCGCGGAAGACGGCAAAAGCAGAACUUAGGACACUUUUCAACAGACGCCUCUUCAAGGAUGAUGUAGCUUGUUUUUAUUUUAUUUUUUGAUACUUUUUGUACCGAGUGGAUUACGAUUAUAAUGUGCAUUUUUGUUUGUGCUUUCUUGACUCUGGACAACAAGGUUAUUUUCGAUUACAUAUGAUUUUACGGGAUGGUGCCUUAUUGUUUGUUUGUUUUCCCUGGACAUUAUAGGUACUUUCAGUGGUAAACACUGUCACACGAAUGAUAAAAGCCAGCUCCUUUUGUCGAGUUUUAUUUUAUUUGUUUACUUUUCUUUGUGGUACCACUUUUUUCAAUGUAUCAUUAAAUGUAAAUCUCGGCACAUGAACCGUGCCACAUAAACAGAUGUCCUCGAUUUCAUGGAAUGUGCUUCUUGCUGAAAAUAUGAACUCUGUCUUUUACACUUGAUUUAUCUAAUUUUUUCGUAAACAUAGCUGAACACCAAAUUUAAUUGGUCACGAACAAGUUUGCCGAGGAAGUGCCGCCAUACACGGCUUCUUUUGAAAGGAAUUCCAGAGAAUGAAAUGCAAUGUGUUUGAGUAGCUACUCUUAUAAAUGUUGAAAUGUUUGUAGUUUUUCUGUUAUCGGUGUUGUUAAUGUUGAAGCGAACAUUAUUGACAUUAAUUUAAUUCUACGAACUGCAUAUCGCAUGACCUGUGAAACUGUGUCCAGUGAUGUAGAUUUAAUAAAAUUCGGAGUCUCACAAA